GAAAUUUCUUAGGAUUUAAUAAAAAAAAGAAAGAAAAUAAAACAAUUAUAUUAAAUAAAAAUGCAUAAAAUCACUAUACCGAAAACAAUUAAUCCCGACAUAGAUAUAGAACGUAAAAAUGCCAGUUUUAAUACGGAAGAAUUUGCGGCUUGGUUUUAUGGCAACAAGAGGACUUUAGAAAUGAAGAGAUUAAUUGAGGAGGAGCUUUAUCAAGAUUUAGACGAUUCAUUGGAUCAUGAGUUUGCGUCCUAUGAAGAUAUGGCUACCAUGGCCGUAAAACACGCCGUGCAUGCAUCUAAAAAAUUACGUGAAUUACAGAAUCGUCUGAAUCCAGGUGGUUCCGAAAUUUAUCCUUUGCUAACGAGUGGUCCGGUGGGCGGGGCAUUAAUGCCAGCCGGUAAUCCUUUGGCGGUGCACAUUGUUAUGUUUACUCGUGCCUUAAAAGGUCAGGGUACUAAGGAACAAUAUGAAAUGUUUGGUCAUCGUGCGGAUAAUUGUGAAAUUCUUGGUACUUAUGCUCAAACGGAGUUGGGUCAUGGUACUUAUUUGCGUGGUUUGGAAACCAGGGCGGAUUAUGAUCACCAAACGCAGGAAUUUAUAUUGAAUACACCCACCUUGACUUCAUACAAAUGGUGGCCGGGCGGAUUGGGUCAUGUUUGUAAUUAUUGCAUUGUUGUGGCUCAAUUAUAUAUUGAUGGCGUGAGCAAGGGCAUUCAAAUGUUUGUGCUGCAAGUGCGUGAUGAAGACAGCCAUAUGCCUAUGCCGGGGGUACAUAUUGGUGAGAUUGGCAAGAAAAUUGGGGUGAAUGGCAUUAAUAAUGGAUUUUUGGGUUUGAAAAAUGUGCGAGUUCCUCGACUGAAUAUGUUGAUGAAAAAUCAACAGGUCUUACCAGAUGGCAGCUUUGUAAAGAGUUCUGAUUCUAAGCUGUCCUAUUUUCCCAUGGUCUAUGUGCGUUGCAUGGUCGCUUUGGCUAAUGCAUUCACAUUAGCCCAAGCUGCCACUAUUGCUACACGUUAUUCGGUGGUGAGACGUCAAAGUCCCAUUGAGGAAAACGAACCGGAACCUAAAAUUCUGGAACAUUUGACCCAACAAAUGAAAGUUUUACCCGAAAUAGCUACUGCUGUUGCCUAUCGCCUGGCUGCUGGCAGUUUACUAAGACUGUAUGAGCAAACCUCCCAGGAUAUAGCUGAACAGGAUUUCUCUCGUUUGCCCGAAUUACAUGCUUUGGCUUGUAUUCUUAAAGUUUCUUGUUCGUAUGAUUCUGCUUACGGCAUUGAACGUAUGCGUCAGGGUUGUGGAGGACAUGGCUACUUGACUGCCGCUAAUAUGGGUAAUUUAUUUACACUUGCCACAGCUGCCUGCACCUACGAGGGAGAAAACACGGUGCUGUACUUACAGGUCGGCAAGAUUUUAAUAAAAUCUUGGUCGGAUGUUUUGGCUGGCAAGAAACUGAUGCCCACCUUGUCAUAUUUAUCGGAAGGUGCCAAUUGGCAUAGUUUUCCGAAAUGGCUGGGUUCAUGGAGUUGUUUAGUGAAAGCUUUGCAAUAUGCCUGUGUUGGAACCACUCGCAUUGCUCAUAGAAACUAUAAUGCACGUCUUGGAGAGGGCCUAAGUCAGCCCAACGCUUUUAAUAAUACAGCAUUGGUCAUGACGAGAGCAGCAGAAUUACAUGGUCGUGCUUUUGUGUCCAGUAACUUUCACGAAUCAGUCGUCAAUGAUGAAGCUAAGAAUAAACGUUCACCAGAGUUUCAAAAAGUCUUGGAAAAUCUCUUGGAAUUAUAUUUACUACAUACAUUUUUCCGGCAUUUAGGAGAUAUUUUAAGAUUUGUGCCACUUGGCGAAAAUGAAAUUGAUUCGUUACAAGCUCGUUUAGAAAAAGCUUUAAAGACCCUGAGACCCGAUGCUGUAGCCCUUGUAGACGGCUUCGAUUUUCAUGAUCGUGUCUUAAGCUCUGCUUUGGGCUCCUACGAUGGCCAUGUUUAUGAACGUUUGUUUGAGGCCGCCCUUAAGCAUCCUUUGAAUCAGACACCUGUUCCGAAAUUUUUCGAUUUACACUUAAAACCGUUUAUGAGAGAAAAUGCUUUGGCUGCCAAGAGCUCGAAGUUGUAAUGUUGAGAAAUGUGAUUUUACAUAUUUGAUUAUACUCAUUCUUAGAGAUAAUUAUAAGUUAUUAUAUUUUAGAUUGUGAUGAUACUCAUUGGUACUUAUUUAAGGUAUUGUUUAUAUAAUUGUAUUGUUUUUUAUAAUUGUAAUAAAUUGUGUCAAGUUUACAAAAAAAAAUAAAA